AUGGCUUCCCAGACGACCCUCCUCACCCUGAACUAUAAAGGCGGCCAUGACAAGGCCGAUACCGUCUAUGAUGCCCAAAACUUCAUCGAUAACGAGCUAGUUGGCUCCAAAACUACCAAAUGGAUUGAAGUCCACGAUCCCGCAACAAACAACGUCGUGUCUCGAGUCCCUGAAUCGACGCUCGACGAGUGCAAGGCCGCAGUGAUCGCAGCUCAGAAUGCAUUCCCCGCCUGGCGAGACACUAGCAUCAUGAAGCGACAGGAAAUGAUCUUCAAGUUGACCAACUUGGUCCGCGAAAACAUGAACAACCUAGCAGUUUCAAUUGUCACAGAACAGGGCAAGACUCUGGCCGAUGCCAAGGGUGACGUUCUGCGCGGAUUGCAGGUCUGCGAAACUGCUUGCGGAAUCACCACGCAGCUUCCUGGCGAGGUGCUCGAGGUAGCCAAGGAUAUGGAGACUCGCUCCUACCGUCUACCUCUCGGAGUCGUCGCGGCCAUUUGCCCAUUCAACUUCCCUGCCAUGAUCCCUCUGUGGAGUCUCCCCAUCGCGAUUGUGACUGGUAACUGUAUGAUCUUGAAGCCGACCGAGCGCGCACCCGGAGCUACUAUGAUCAUCGCCGAACUUUGCAAGAAAGCCGGUGUUGUGAACGUGAUUCACGGAUCAAAGCCCGCCGUUGACUUUAUCCUGGAUGCACCGGAGAUCAAGGCCAUCUCCUUCGUUGGUUCAAACAAGGUUGGCGAAUACAUCUACGACCGUGGUACUGCAAAUGGAAAGCGUGUCCAGGCAAACCUGGGAGCCAAGAACCACGCAGCCCUUCUCCCAGAUAGUAAUAAGAAGCACGCGUUGAGUGCCAUCGCCGGCGCCGCGUUCGGAGCAGCAGGUCAGCGUUGCAUGGCACUUAGCGUCUUGGUUACCGUUGGUAAAGCUCAUGAAUGGGUCCCCGAGUUGAUUGAAAAUGCCAAGGGAUACCAGGCAGGAAGCGGUUUCAAUGCGCGCUCUGACCUUGGUCCAUUGAUUACACCCCAGAGUCGGGAUCGUUGCAUAGAUCUUAUCACGAGCGCUGAAAAGGAGGGUGCUACCAUCGCCUUGGAUGGCCGUGAAUAUAAGCCAGAGGGUUUCCCCAAUGGAAAUUGGGUCGGCCCAACCAUCAUCACCGGUGUUACACCCGCGAUGAAAUGCUAUAAAGAAGAAAUCUUCGGUCCUGUCCUGCUUUGCAUUGAGACCGAUACGAUCAACGGUGCGAUUGAUCUGAUCAACAGCAACGAAUGGGGUAACGGCGCAGUCAUCUUUACCCAGUCCGGAUCCAGCGCGACGCAUUUCCAGAAGCGAGUCGAGUCCGGCCAAGUUGGAAUUAACGUCCCUAUCCCCGUUCCCCUUCCCAUGUUCUCUUUCACCGGUAACAAGCGUAGUGUUGCCGGAACGGGUCUGCUCAACUUCUACGGCAAGGACGGUCUCCGUUUCUACACGCAGUGGAAGACUGUGACGUCGCUUUGGAGAACUGAAGAUGCAACUGAUCUUCAAAAGCCAACCGCAAUGGUUUGA